AUGGGUUUCACCGAUCUCGUCAGCGAUGCUGGUCUCACCAUGCUCAACAGCUUCUUGACCACUCGUUCAUACAUCGUUGGAUACUCUCCCUCCCAAGCUGAUGUCGCUACUUUCAAGGCCAUCUCAUCAGCACCAGACUCUUCAAAAUACCCACACGCAGCAAGAUGGUACAAGCACAUUGCAACAUAUAGCGAUGAGUUUGCCACUCUCCCUGGUGACGCGUCCAAGGAAUACACAAGCUACGGCCCUGAUGCCACUGCUGCUACCCUAAACCCUGCAAAGGCCCCAGCUGCAGAGGAGGAUGAUGAUGAUGUCGAUCUCUUCGGCAGCAGCGACGAAGAGGAAGAUGCGGAGGCCGAGAAGAUCAGAAAUGAGCGGUUGGCGGAGUACAAGAAGAAGAAGGAGGGCAAGGUCAAGCCUGCUGCUAAGUCCGUUGUCACGAUGGAUGUCAAGCCCUGGGAUGAUGAGACAGAUAUGAAGGCUCUAGAGGCAUCUGUCCGUAGUAUUGAGAAGGACGGUCUCCUCUGGGGUGCCUCCAAGUUUGUGGCCGUUGGUUUCGGUAUCAAGAAGCUCCAGAUCAACUUGGUCAUUGAGGACGAGAAGGUCAGCCUUGACGAUUUACAAGAGGAGAUCCAGGAGUUCGAGGAUUAUGUUCAGUCUACUGAUAUCGUUGCUAUGCAAAAGCUUUAG